CAUUGCUUUUAGAAUAAUCAUGGGCCAGACUGGGAAGAAAUCUGAGAAGGGACCGGUUUGUUGGCGCAAGCGUGUAAAAUCAGAGUACAUGCGACUGCGGCAGCUCAAGCGGUUCAGGCGGGCUGACGAAGUGAAGAGUAUGUUUAGUUCCAAUCGUCAGAAAAUUUUGGAAAGAACGGAAAUCUUAAACCAAGAAUGGAAGCAGCGAAGGAUACAGCCUGUGCACAUCCUGACUUCUGUGAGCUCAUUGCGCGGGACCAGGGAGUGUUCAGUGACCAGUGACUUGGAUUUUCCAACACAAGUCAUCCCAUUAAAGACUCUGAAUGCUGUUGCUUCAGUACCCAUAAUGUAUUCUUGGUCUCCCCUACAGCAGAAUUUUAUGGUGGAAGAUGAAACUGUUUUACAUAACAUUCCUUACAUGGGGGAUGAAGUUUUAGACCAGGAUGGGACUUUCAUUGAAGAACUAAUAAAAAAUUAUGAUGGAAAAGUACAUGGGGAUAGAGAAUGUGGGUUUAUAAAUGAUGAAAUUUUUGUGGAGUUGGUGAAUGCUCUUGGUCAGUACAAUGAUGAUGAUGAUGAUGAUGGAGAUGAUCCUGAUGAAAGAGAAGAAAAACAGAAAGAUCUAGAGGAGAACAGAGAUGAUAAAGAAAGCCACCCACCUCGGAAAUUUCCUUCUGAUAAAAUUUUUGAAGCCAUUUCCUCAAUGUUUCCAGAUAAGGGCACAGCAGAAGAACUAAAGGAAAAGUAUAAAGAGCUCACCGAACAGCAGCUCCCGGGCGCCCUUCCUCCUGAAUGUACCCCGAACAUAGACGGACCAAAUGCUAAAUCUGUUCAGAGGGAGCAAAGCCUGCAUUCAUUUCAUACGCUUUUCUGUAGGCGAUGUUUUAAAUAUGACUGCUUCCUACAUCGUAAGUGCAGUUAUUCUUUUCAUGCAACACCCAAUACUUACAAGCGGAAGAACACAGAGACGGCUCUAGACAACAAACCGUGUGGCCCGCAGUGUUACCAGCACUUGGAGGGAGCAAAGGAGUUUGCUGCCGCCCUCACCGCGGAGCGGAUCAAGACCCCGCCGAAGCGGCCCGGCGGCCGCAGGAGAGGCAGGCUCCCCACCAACAGCAGCCGGCCCAGCACCCCCACCAUCAACGUGCUGGAGUCCAAGGACACAGACAGUGACAGGGAAGCAGGGACCGAGACGGGCGGGGAGAACAACGAUAAAGAGGAGGAGGAGAAAAAGGACGAGACUUCCAGCUCCUCCGAAGCAAAUUCUCGGUGUCAAACGCCAAUUAAGAUGAAGCCUAACAUUGAGCCUCCGGAGAACGUGGAGUGGAGUGGUGCUGAGGCCUCGAUGUUCAGGGUCCUCAUUGGCACAUAUUAUGACAAUUUCUGUGCCAUUGCUAGGCUCAUUGGGACCAAAACUUGUCGACAGGUGUAUGAGUUUCGCGUCAAAGAAUCGAGUAUCAUAGCUCCGGCCCCGGCCGAGGAUGUGGACACCCCGCCGAGGAAGAAGAAGAGGAAACACCGGUUGUGGGCUGCCCACUGCAGAAAGAUACAGCUGAAAAAGGACGGCUCCUCCAACCACGUUUACAACUACCAGCCCUGUGACCAUCCACGGCAGCCUUGUGACAGUUCGUGCCCUUGUGUGAUAGCACAAAAUUUUUGUGAAAAGUUUUGUCAAUGUAGUUCAGAGUGUCAGAACCGCUUCCCCGGUUGCCGCUGCAAAGCUCAGUGCAACACGAAGCAGUGUCCAUGCUACCUGGCCGUGCGCGAGUGCGACCCCGACCUGUGCCUCACGUGUGGCGCCGCCGACCACUGGGACAGCAAGAACGUGUCCUGCAAGAACUGCAGCAUCCAGCGCGGCUCCAAGAAGCAUUUAUUGCUGGCACCAUCUGAUGUGGCAGGCUGGGGGAUUUUCAUCAAAGAUCCUGUACAGAAAAAUGAAUUCAUCUCGGAGUACUGUGGAGAGAUUAUUUCUCAAGAUGAAGCAGACAGAAGAGGGAAAGUGUAUGAUAAAUACAUGUGCAGCUUUCUGUUCAACUUAAACAAUGAUUUUGUGGUGGAUGCAACCCGCAAGGGUAACAAAAUCCGUUUUGCAAAUCAUUCAGUAAAUCCAAACUGCUAUGCAAAAGUUAUGAUGGUGAACGGCGAUCACAGGAUAGGGAUUUUUGCUAAGAGAGCCAUCCAGACUGGUGAAGAGCUGUUUUUUGAUUACAGAUACAGCCAGGCUGACGCCCUCAAGUACGUGGGCAUCGAAAGAGAAAUGGAAAUCCCUUGACGUCUGCUACCUCCUCCUUCCCCUCCUCCUUUCUGGAACAGCUGCCUUAGCUUCAGGAACCUCGAGUACUGUGGGCAAUUUAGAGAAAUAAAAUGCAGUUUGAAAUUCUGAAUUUGCAAAGUACUGUAAGAAUAAUUUAUAGUAAUGAGUUUAAAAAUCAACUUUUUAUUGCCUUCUCACCAGCUGCAGAGUGUUUUGUACCAGUGAAUUUUUGCAAUAAUGCAGUAUGGUACAUUUUUCAACUUUGAAUAAAGAAUACUUGAACUUCC